AGGAUCAACAUGGCGGCCUUGUGUAAGGUGGUGUCCGGGCUCCGGUGUGGAGGAGUCCGGUUCCCCUCCCGGUUCCUCAGAAGUUCCUUCAGCUCAGACUCCUCCGGGGCCUCCGGGGCCUCCGGCAGCGACCAGCCCGCCGCGGACAGACCCAGAUCCGGCUUUGCUGCCGCCUUCGACCUGCAGUCGGAGCUCCGGCGGGAGGCGGAGGUCGGGGAGACCGGGGGCUCCUCCGCCGGGCAGGAGGACAGCUUCGCCUCGCUGCUGCGCCGGUCCCCGCUGAUCCAGAUGGGUCCGGCUAAAGACAAGGUGGUGGUCGGGAGGAUAUUCCACGUGGUCGGGGACGAUCUGUACAUCGACUUCGGGGGGAAGUUCCACUGCGUGUGCCGGCGGCCGGCGGACCGGGACCGGGACCGGCUGCAGCGGGGCAGCAGGGUCCGGCUGCGACUGCAGGACCUGGAGCUCACCGCCCGCUUCCUGGGAGCCGCGACCGACACCACACUGCUGGAGGCCCGGGCAGACCUGCUGGGCCCGCUGGACGGACGGGAGCCGCAGAACCGGGACUGAACCGGGACUGAACCGGACUGUACCGGACUGUGUUGUUCUGGCUCAGAGCAGCUGAGUGUUUCUCUGAUGACUGACGGGACUUUUACUGUUUGAAUGUGGACUCUGAUCUGUCAGCUGACUGUGAACUUAAACAUAUUAAAAUAAUAAAUAAACA